AUGGCUCAACCUGCAAGCUUGGUGACCCUCUGUGUGGCAAGUUUCUUCACAGGUUACGCUGCCCACUGCUGGCUUUCUCAGCUGCCCAAAGCUCCCAAGAUCAGAAAGCAAAGGGCACCUUCUCCUGACUCGGAGACAUCGACAGAGUCGUAUACGGAUCUGGAGUCUGAGGACGACGUUGAGAUAGAUUCGAGGCCAUUGAAUGAGAUCCCGGGUGAAGUGAGAAUGACUCUUGUCGUACGUCUGGACCUAAAAAUGGGGAAGGGCAAAGCGGCUGCUCAGUGCUCUCAUGCUACUUUGGCCUUGUACAAGAAGAUGUCUGAUCCGUCCAAGAACUCAUAUAAUCCAGGGCUUCUUCAAAGAUGGGAAAGAGGGAACGGCCAGGCGAAAAUCACACUUCAGGUUCCCUCUCAGGAAGAAAUGGACGUUUUGUUUGCUCAGGCCCUUUCUCUUGGGGUAAAUGCCUACAUUGUUCAUGAUGCUGGUCGUACUCAAAUAGCAGCCGGCAGCGCCACUGUUCUUGGGCUCGGCCCGGCACCAAAACUUGUGAUGGAUCAAAUCACUCUGGACUUAAAGUUAUAUUAG